UACUGCACGAGGGUGUGUUACGUGGUCCCGUGCUUCAUCAUGACCUCUCCUUACUUUAUGCACAGCAGGUCUGCUGUCACUCGGAGUGGAAGUCGAACUGCUGGCUGCAGACCUAAGGCUUCUCUGGGGUCGAAACUCACCUGCAAACGGAGGAACGUGGAUCCAGUUUCCUCUGCGGCGGUGAAGGUGGAGGUGGAGGAGGCGAGGAUCUCAGAGCAAAGACCCUCCUCGGCCUCCUUAUCAGCGGGUGGGUGCCAUGAACUCCUUCGUCAGGACACUGUGCAGCCAAAAACAGAAACAGACGCUCUCCCACUGUCUUCACACAGCCGCAGACGGAGACAGCUAAAGGUGGAAUAUGACAGGGAUGAAGGUGUGUCACAGGUGAAGACCGAACACUGGGAACCUCCCGACUGGACAAAACAAUUAGGAUUCAUUCGUGAGAUGAGGAGCGGCCGAGAUGCACCUGUAGAUAACAUGGGAGCAGAGAAAUGCUACGACACAGAAGCCCCUGCACACGUGAGACGGUUCCAGGUGUUGGUGUCGCUCAUGCUGUCCAGUCAGACCAAGGACCAGGUGACCGCAGCAGCUAUGCAGAAGCUCAGAUCACACGGCUGCACUGUGGAAAACAUACUCAGCACUGAUGAUGAAACACUGGGGAAACUCAUCUAUCCUGUUGGCUUCUGGAGGACUAAAGUGAAGUAUCUGAAGCUGACGUCAGCCAUGCUGCAGAAAGAGUUUGGAGGGGACAUCCCAAACAGCGUGGAGGGGCUGGUUCGCCUGCCAGGAGUUGGACCUAAGAUGGCUCACCUGGCCAUGGACAUCGCCUGGGACCAGGUGUCUGGAAUAGGCGUGGACACACACGUGCAUCGUAUCUCUAAUAGGCUGGGCUGGCUCAAGAAGCCAACCAAGAACCCAGAGGAAACACGCAAGGCCCUGGAGGAGUGGUUACCCAGGGAGCUGUGGAGUGAGAUUAACUGGCUGCUGGUGGGUUUUGGACAGCAGGUUUGCCUGCCCGUCAACCCUCUCUGCUCAGUGUGUCUGAACCAGCACAGCUGUCCAUCUGCCCACAAGCACUCCCCUACAAAGAGGCCUAAAGCUAGAUCACCACGUUCUCCAAGUCCGUCUUCCUUUCAAACAAAAUCUGAACCUGGACAGGAAUCUGCUGUUAAAGAUGAGAGGACAAAGAAGGAGUCACUGAUCACACCUGUUUCCCCCUCCAUGCAGAGGAGGAGGCUAAAGACCAAGGUCAACCACUGAUCACAUAAGUUUUUGUGUGAGCUUUGACCAGAUGUUGGACACAAAGACGCACAUACACUGAAAACAUGCAUAUAAGCUAAAUAUGGUGAAUAUGGUUCCUUUACAUUUGAUAUGAGAUUAAAUACUUUUGUACUGCUAGUGCUGCAUUUUUUUUACCAAAUAAAAAUUGUUUGUA